CAUCGGCAAUCGUUCAGACAACACCAAGCUACACGUUCGCCUCCAAUACAGAACGCAUACAGCAAAUUUUUGUGAAAAGAUGGCUGACCACAUCGGAGUGAUUGUGUGAAAUUUUUAUACCGUGGAAAUUUUCUCACUACCAGAGCAAUUCGUGUUUCAAUUAGUUGGUUGGUGUUUGAAAAGGCGCGCUUCAAUAUUACUUUUACAAUUUUAUUUAAUGUGCCUAGGCUUUGAGGAGUGAAGUGAUAUUGGGUUUGAGAUAUGGAAAAAACUAAAACUUGUGUAAUUCACUUGUAAAUAAAUUACACACUCUCUGGCGUCUCGGAAGAGACACUCUCUCAUCGCCAACCAGGGAAAUUCCUCAGCAUAUUGUGCACAGUGAAUUUUCCCAACUGGAAAUCAAACGUGAUCUUUUUUCCAUCACUUUUGGACUCCUUUCCACCCUCACUUAACCCAUUGAGACCCUUCCAAUUUACCCUCCACAUGCUAAUGCACAGACGUGUAAGGCAAUUUUACGACAGUGAGAGUGAUUUGGUGGUGUAAAAUUGGAGUUUGACGGGGGAAAAACAUACAUUUUCGGCACAAGAUAUCAAGUGCGAAAGAGUGCUUUAUGGGAAGCACACCACAAGCAGAUAUAUUAAGCGUGAUAUCACACAUAAUUGGCUGCAAAACCCGCUUCAAAUGCGACGCAAUACUUUCCCGGUGAAAACUGAGAAAUUGUGCUGAUUCUAGCGCACGGACACUCUGCCAGCAGGAUAACUCCUUUCAGCCAGACAGCGACAUUUUCCUGACAUAUCCCCAGUAGCUUGCAAACGCGCGGCAUUUUCAAAUUAAUCAAUGACAAUCUAAUGAGCGCGUCAUUGACUUCUUCAUCACCCUCAGUCGCCUAAGGAAGACGUGCGAGUGAGUGAGAGCGACUGUGUGACGACAAGACGCGAGAAUUUUAGUGUUUAUCACUGAUUCGUGUAGGGAAAAAAAAAUCCAUCGCGCUUUUCCCACAAAAUCCGGGCGAGCGGUGAAACGUGAAGGAGUUUAAACGGAAGUGCAGCGAGGAUCUAAAGAAGAGGUUUUUAUAAUGUGUGCCGCUCAGAGCAAUCCGCCGGCCACUUUUGGAUACACUUGGGGCUUCGCCGAUAACACAAGGACCGAAUCAGUUGUUGAAAUCUCACCAAAUAUCAACUAUACGGUGAGUGAAACGAUGCCAUACUUGCAGUUGACCGACUCUGGCGGGAUCACUGUGCAGAAGGACGCAAAGGGUGCGAUAGCACACACAAACAAGGGCGUCGUGAGGAGGAUGAUUGUUAUGAAUGAACCCUUUCCGCAGACAACAGCUCAAAGAGUAAUCACGACAGGCAGCGGAGCCACAACGGUGACACACCACAAGAAGCAUGAUGUGCUGACCAAUGGCAUUAUAGACACGAAGGCUCAAACAGUUUUGACAACGGCGGGCGGAAAGAUGCACUUCAUGAGUCCAAUUGGUCCGCUGCAGCUCACAGCGGAGGAGUGCAAUGAGAUUUUGGCCAAAAGGGCCAUGAGUGCUGCCCAAACUCAGCAUGCCACAAUCGCAACCACCACAGAUGGGCAUCAUGCAGGUUGGUCUGGCAUUGCCGUUCAGGUGCAGAAAGUGAUUCAGGGACUUGAGGAGAAUGAUGACUCGCAAACGGCCUCAUCGACACAUUGCAAAUUGGAGCCCGUGAUGAGCAUUUCGCCGAAAUUGGAGUUCAUCGAGCAGCCGAGCAGCCAUGAAGAGACAGUGCCGAAGAAGGAGCGCCCCUAUUCUUGCGACGAGUGCGGCAAGUCCUUCCUCCUGAAGCACCAUCUCACGACCCAUGCACGCGUGCACACGGGUGAACGGCCUCACGUGUGUGUGCACUGUGGCAAGAGCUUCGCCCACAAGCACUGUCUCAACACGCAUCUUCUGCUGCACUCCACGGAUCGGCCGUACCAGUGCAACGAGUGCAAGAAGAGCUUCACACUGAAGCACCACUUGCUGACGCACUCACGCGUGCACAGCAGAGAGCGUCCGUUUGUGUGCCAGGAGUGUGGUCGCUCUUUCCCGCUCAAGCGCCAUCUCGUCACGCACAGCAAGUUCCACGCCGGAGAGCGGCCGUACGUGUGCGACGACUGUGGCGAGAGCUUCGCCCAGAAGGAGCACCUCGUGAUGCACUCACGAUUCCACGGAUCGCUGAAUCCAUUCGUGUGUCAGGAUUGUGGAGCGACGUUUCCGCGCAAAUUCCAACUGGUCAAUCACGGUCGCAUUCACGGACGAGUGCCCCACUCCUGUCCUAUCUGCGGCAAGGAGUUCCUGCAGAAGCGCACGCUGGUCGCCCACACACGGUUGCACACCGGUGAUCAGCCGUAUCCGUGCACGAUCUGCGGUGAGGGAUUCCGUACGAAGCCAGAGCUGAAUCAGCACAACCGCCAAGUGCACGGCGGUCAGUCCAGUGCGUCCACGGCGACGGCAAACACCAUCGUGGCGACGAACACUAUCGUGGCGAACAACCAGCAUGCUCAGCACGUGCAGGUGCACACGUCGCAGCAUCAACAGUCGCAUCAGGCUGCCCAGCACCACCAGGCACAGUCGGCACAGCAGCAGACGGUGACGGUGGUGACGAAUGCCAACAACGGCCUGGUGACCACGAUAUCCGCCCCCGCGGCGGAGGCGUCGCGUCCGCAGUUCGCGUGCCGCGAGUGCGGCAGUGCCUUCAACAGCCGCGAGGCUCUCGCCCUUCAUCUGCGACUGCACACCGGCGACAAGAGCCUCAUGACUGAUCUUUGCGCCCUCACGGCCGCCAUUCCCGGACAUUUCCUCAACACCAACAUCAAUCCGGGAACCACCGUCGUGGCCGCCAAUCCGGCCGUGGUGUCACCCACACCGGUGCCCGUGCAGAUCAUCACGUCGGCCGGUCAGGUGGUGAGUCAGGCUAUGGCGGUGCAGAGCGCCCCACAGCCGCAGCCCACGGUGGUGCAGACAGUGGCGCCGCAGCAGAAGCCCAAGACACACUUCUGCAGCAGUUGCGGCAAGGGCUUCGCGGCCAAGCACGGCCUCCUGCAGCACAACAGGCGCCACACGAACGGCAGCUGCACGCUGCGCACGCACGUGUGCGAGUGCGGCAAGGCCUUCUUCCAGAAGAACCACCUCAUGCUGCACCAGCGCCAGCACCUCGAGACGAAGCCCAACAUCUCGCAGCAGAGUCAGAGUCAGAGUCAGAAUGGCCAAGAGAAUCAAGACAAUACAUUAUCUGCCCAGCAGCAGGCUCAGCAGAAUGCACAGCAGAGCCAGGCGCAGACACAGCAGGCCAUGACCAGGGAGCUGGUGAUCAACUCGCAGCCCGUGCAGGUGCAAGUGCUGCAGGGCAACGCGCCGCAGAUCAUCAAGUACGAGAUAAUGUCACACGAACCGGGCCAGGCAAUAGAGUGAGGACAGGAGGCGAUGCUACGCAUUCAGCAUCCGGACGGCACGACGGAGAUGCGCAAGGUCAUGAUCAUCAAGUGAUCAGCAGGAGACACACGACAAUGGUGUACAGGCGAGAAGUAUAUGAAGUGUAGGAUUUAAGUUUUGGUUUAAUCUUUCCAUUUAAUCCCUUUGAUUAGGCGAUAUAGAGAAGAGACGCAGUUGUAUUUUUAUUUAGCAAUAUAUAUAUUGACCUGAAGAGAGCGCGUUGGAGAGCGAUGAGAGAGAUCAAAGUGUGUAUGUUUCAAGGCCUUUAUACGAUGAUGAUGAUAAUGAUGAUUAGAAUCUUGUAUAUAAUGAGUAGUUUGACAGAAUUUAUGCUACAUAUAUACAUACAUAUAGUUUUCUAAAAUGCUAUAAGAAUAAAAGCUGCAACAUAUAUUUUCACAGUGUUGUGUGCGCUUCACAGGAUCACGAUAUGAUUGUGGCAAAGCCAGAUACGAGAGAGAAAGAGAGAGAGUACUUUAUAAUGUUGAAAACACGCGUACGAUUCUUGGAAAUACGGGGAGGCUUUUCUCUGAAUUUGUUGAAAAAAAAAAUCUACAUUGUUUGCCAUAUUUUUUUCUUAUAUAUUUUGCAAUAAUUACUCUUAGCAAGUCUUUUGAUUUAUUUUUCUAUUGACAGUACAAUAUUUUAUUGGCUGAAGUUGAAAGUGAAGCAUUAUAAUCUGUCCUAAUUAUUGUGAAGCUUAUUCAGUCGAUAUAAAUGAUGAUUUUUUGAAGGGCGGGGAAGAAGGAAGUUCACUUGGGUGUUUUACUGAUAAAUAACGUUAUUACAGGAGUUAAACUGUUAAGCUGGUACUGAACUGAAAAAAAAAAUAUCUUGUGGUGUAAAUAUAACGCUCUUCUGCUAUAAAAACCACUUAUAAAUAUAAAGAAAGAAAAAAAACACAGCGUGAAAUUAAGGAUCAUUGUACAUGAUUGAUUUUGGGCAUGAAGUAGAGAUAUUUUAUGUAUAGAAUUACCAUAAAUAGAACUUAUAACUAGAGACCUAAUUGAUUUUCAGUGGGAAAGAAAAGAUAAAAACACGAUAAGCAUAAAAGUGUUAAGACAUUAUAGGAAUAAUGUGAGAGAAUUUUAUGUUUAGUAAGCACCAUCAACAAUAAUUUGCGAUGGAGAAAAAGUGAAAAUAUUACCACACAAUUUAACCCUUUUAAAAACUAAAACUAUACUCUUGAUGAAUAUAUGAAGAAGAAAGAAACAAUCAUUUAAUUUAGUGAUGAUGAAUUGUGAAAAGAAAUUAAUUGAGAAAUUGUAUGCGCCGAGGUAAUUUUAGUCAUGAGCAGAUGGGAUAUAAUGAUUCUAUAUCACAGGAAUGAUAAUAAGAGAUAAAGAGUUUUCGUAUUAUUUUCAUGUAAAAAUACUAUAUUGAAUAAAUAAAUAUGUUUAAUAAUUUA